AUGCAUGUGUCAGGAAUCGUCAUUUCUAAGCCUGAGAACAAAAGCACGGUUACCAAAGGAGGAGGACCCCACCGUACUGAGCUGCUGAUCAUCAAGCGCUUUGUGCAUUUGAACCUUUGCUGGUUGAGGGGACGGCCUGCACCCCUGCACCGGCCUUGGACCGAUCUGAAGGUCACUGGGAUUGACUUUCUCCGGAACCAGAACUCCCGCCUGCACCACACGGAUGCGUACGACAUCAAGAACCUGGUGGUGCGGCGCGGGCAGCCCUUUCAGCUGCAGCUCAGCUUCAGCAGGGAGCUGAAGGCCACCGACAAGCUGGCGCUGCGUUUCGGCAUUGGUGAAAACCCAAUGAAAAUCAGGGGGACCCUGAUGUCGCUGAAGCCGAGGGAGGAGCAGGAUCUCAGCGGGUGGCAAAUCUCCACCAUCAAGAAAAGCGACAAAGAGUGCCUGGUGUCUGUCACCAGCUCCCCCAGGGCCCCGGUGGGAAAAUACAUCCUGAACGUCAAGACCGGGACGAACAUUUACAAGCCGGAAACCAGUAUCUACCUUUUGUUCAAUCCUUGGUGCGAAGGUGAUGUCGUCUUCUUGGCCGACGAGGCGCAGAGAAAGGAGUACGUCCUCAACGAUACGGGCUUCAUCUACGUUGGGUCUGCCUACAGCAUAUACGGUAGACCCUGGAAUUUCGGGCAGUUUGAGGAAUUCAUCCUGGACGCCUGCAUGUACCUGCUGGACAAAAGCAAACUCAAGCUAAGCAACAGAAGGGAUCCCGUCUUUGUGUCCAGAGCCAUGUCUGCCUUGGUUAAUGCCAACGAUGACAGCGGUGUCCUGCUGGGGAACUGGUCAGGGAAUUACAGCAACGGGACCUCCCCGAUGGAUUGGAUCGGGAGCGUCGCAAUUUUGCAGCAGUAUUACAAAACGAAGAAGCCGGUCUGUUACGGUCAAUGUUGGGUCUUCGCAGGAGUCCUCACUACAGUCAUGCGCUGCUUGGGGGUCCCAUCCCGCUGCGUGAGUAACUUCAACUCGGCACAUGAUACGGAGGACAACCUGAGAGUCGACGUUUACCUGAACGAAUCUGGAGAAAAGCUGGACAGACUGUCCUUCGACUCUAUCUGGAACUUCCACGUGUGGAACGAUGUCUGGAUGAAGCGGACAGACCUGCCGCCGGGGUUUGAUGGCUGGCAGGCAAUCGAUUCGACCCCUCAGGAGCCAAGUCAAGGUAUUUUCCAGUGUGGUCCAUGCCCGCUGAAGGCUAUCCGAGAAGGAGAUGUGUAUUUGCCCUUCGACAGCAAGUUUGUGUAUGCAGAAGUGAAUGCUGACAAAGUCUACUGGUUGGUCAAGAAGGUGAACGGCAAGGAUAAGUACACCAGGAUCAACACGGAGACCCAAGGCAUCGGCUUGAACAUAAGCACAAAAGCCGUGGGGCAGGACAAGCGGGAAGACAUCACCGCGCAGUACAAGUUCCCCGAAGGCUCGGAAGAGGAAAGGAAGGCCAUGCAGAAAGCUACCUCCUUCAUACAACCUUCACGAAUAUUACCUCGUGCGCGCUUCGCUUCGACUUUCCCCGCGGCAGACAGGGGCUCCAAGCCUGAGGUGCUGCGCGAGGCAGUGCCCGAGUCCGGGCUCCAGCUGGAGAUAACCAAGAAAGCAGCUUUGUACCCUGGCAGUCCCCUUGAACUGGCCAUCACGGUGAAGACCUCUGCUCCCGGGAGCUGGACCGUCAAUCUUGUCGGCUCCUGCCAGCUGCAGUACUAUACUGGGAAAGUUGAGGCCAACCUUGGAUAUGUCAAGGAGACCGUCAAGCUCGAAGGCAAAUCUGAGAUGCAGGUCCCUCUGAAAAUCCCGGCCGACACGUACAUGAAGACGCUGGCCUUGGUGGAAGACGAAGUGCUCAUCCACAUCACAGCCAUUGCCGAAGUCCAGGGGACAAAUGACAAACUGACCAAGGAGACGACGAUGAGCUUCGAGUACCCCCCCAUCACCAUCCAGAUGCCAGAAACAGCCCAACUGAACAAGGAGUUCCCCUGUGCCUUCGUCUUCACGAACAAGCUGAACGUGCCCCUGGACAACUGCAAGCUGGUGGUGGAGGGCUUGGGCAUAUUUAAGAUGACAACGUUUGAUGAGGGGGAUAUAAAGCCUGGAAGGAUCAUGAAGUCUGAAAUAACAUGCACUCCGACAAGAACAGGAGAGAGGAAAAUAGUAGCCAAGCUGACCUCGACCCAGAUCAAAGCCAUCUCUACAGAGAAGAGCAUCACCAUCACCGAGUAG